AUGUUGACGGCUUUAGAUUUUCACAACAACAAAUUGACAGGUGCAAUUCCAACUGAAAUAGGGAAUUUAGCUAUGUUGACGGCUUUAGAAUUUAGAGACAACAAAUUGACUGGUGUAAUUCCAGCUGAAAUAGGGAAUUUAACUAUGUUGAUGGAUUUAGAUUUUAGCAACAACAAAUUGACAGGUGGAAUACCCGAAAAGAUUGGGAACCUUCACAGAUUGGAGGAGCUUUAUUUAUACAACAAUGCAUUAUCGGGUUCCAUACCAGCUGCAAUUUUCAACAUUUCAUCUCUCCAACAUAUUGGACUUGACCAGAAUAAAUUCUCAGGAACUAUUCCUUUGACAACGAGUAAUAAUAAGCUAAGCAAUUUGGAGUCUCUUUUUCUUGAUCAGAAUUACUUGAGCGGAGUUAUACCUAGCACCAUCUCAAAUGCUACUAAGCUAGUUUUUUUGGUGCUUUACAAUAAUGAGCUCACAGGUUCAAUCCCCACCUCUUUAGGAAGUUUAAGAAAUCUAAAAUAUCUAUACCUGGAUUACAACAGGCUAUCAAGUGAAUCCUCAGAAUUGAGCUUUUUCACUUUCUUGACGAGUUGCAGAUCUUUGACAUAUUUAGUGUUGGAUAAUAAUCCUCUAAAUGGUUUUCUCCCAGCUUCCUUUUCUAACUAUUCGACGUCACUUGAAGUCAUAACUGCAAAAAGUUGUAGAAUCAAAGGAAACAUCCCAGAUGGAAUUAGCAAUUUGAGCAGUUUAGUGGAACUAGAAUUUUCAGGUAACGAAUUGAUUGGAUAUGUCCCAAGAACUAUACAUAGUUUGGCAAAUCUUCAGGUGCUGUACUUGGACUCCAAUCAAAUAAGAGAUGUCUUGGACAUUUUUUGUGGAUUACAAAGUUUGGGGUUGUUAGACUUGAGCCAAAAUCAAUUCUUUGGUAGUAUUCCAGAAUGCUUAGGAAAUAUGACAAAUUUGAGACAGAUUUUUCUAGACUCCAACAGGUUGACUUCCAUGAUACCUGCUAACCUAUUGAGCAUGAAAGAUCUCCAAAUUCUCAACCUUUCAUCAAAUUUCUUAAGUGGAUCGCUACCUUUGGAGAUCGGGAACCUCAAAGCAGCAUAUAGUUUAGAUAUCUCGUUCAAUCAAUUAUCAGACAAAAUCCCUACAACCAUUGGAGAGCUGCAAGCUUUACAGAGCCUUUCAUUGGCGAAAAAUAAUUUGCAGGGUUCUAUACCAGAAUCAUUUAGCUAUAUAGUCAGCUUGGAAUUCUUAGACCUUUCACACAAUAAUCUCUCUGGUGUAAUACCCAAGUCAAUGGAGGCACUCAAAUCUCUCAAGGAAUGCAAUGUUUCUUUUAAUAGAUUAAGUGGCGAAAUUCCUCGAGAUGGUCCCUUCAGAAACUUUACAGGUCAAUUGUUCAUGAACAAUGAAGGACUCUGUGGUGACCCAAGGCUUAGUGUUCCACUAUGUCAGAGUAAUUCAAUUAGAAGAUCGAGCAAAAGAAAGGUGCUUCUACUUGUCAUUAGUCUGUCUGGGAUGGCAGCAAUACUGAUAAUAGCAAUUGGAACAUUAUUGAAUCUAAGGUGGCUAAAGAAACCAAAGAGUUCUAGUGGAACAGAUUUGAUGUCAGCGGCAAAAUAUGAAAGAUUUUCAUACUAUGACCUUUUGCACUCAACCGAUAACUACAAUGAAAGCAAUUUGCUUGGAGAAGGGAGCUAUGGUUCUGUUUACAAAGGGAUCCUAAGUGAUGGCACUAUUGUGGCUAUCAAGGUAUUCAACUUGCUAGUGGAAGGUUCAUUAAAAAGUUUUGAUAGAGAAUGCGAGGUUCUAAAGAGUUUACGCCAUCGAAAUCUUACAAAAGUGCUCGGCAGCUGCUGUAACCCUGAUUUUAAAGCCUUGGUACUCAAAUACAUGCCCAAUGGGAAUCUUGAGAAGUGGUUGUACUCUCACAACCAUUUUUUAGAUAUGUUCCAAAGAAUAAACAUAAUGAUUGACGUUGCUUGUGCAUUGGAAUAUCUCCAUUAUGGUUAUGAUGCUCCUGUGGUACAUUGUGACUUGAAGCCCAGUAAUAUCUUGCUUGAUGAAGAGAUGGCUGCCCAUGUAAGUGACUUUGGUAUAGCAAAAAUGUUUGGCCAAGGAGAAAGUAUUUUGCAUACCAAUACCCUUGCAACACUGGGAUACAUUGCACCAGGUUAA